ACUUCCUUCAUUUUGAAGUUAAACAAAUGAAGAAGUAUUCGAAAGACGAGUCGGACAAAAAGCCUGCAUCAUGGUACUUAGAGUUAGAAGAAAGCCGAGUGCAAAGCCAUGAGUUUAAGGAGCCCGGGAAUGAAUAUCAGAAUAAAUCAAAGAGUUUAGAACACCAGCCCGUGAUUAGUACCAAUAUCCGGAUAAACUCGAUGAAUAACACCAUGGAGUGGCUUGAAGGGACCCUGUUGAGAAGGCGGAGUGAAACACGCUAUUACAAGUACAACACGAGCCUGUUAGAAGCUAUAACUGACGGUGAUACUGCGUACAUGAACAGGAUGUUGGCAAUGGGUGCCAAUGCGAACGCAACCUGCCGUCUUAACCAGGUGUCUGCUUGCCACAUAGCGGCAACAAUCAACAACGACUCUUUGAGCUUACUCAUCAAUGCCGGAGCAAUCAGCUUGAGAUCAGACAAGUUUGGACGAACGCCACUUCAUCUGGCGGCCUGGGCAGGUCAUGUUAAGCAUAUAGCGAAUUUACUGGACUUUCCAGUCGCUUUACAAGAAAAGAUAUUAAAAAAGAUGACACCGGAAGUCUUGCAAGAAAUACGCGUAAGUAGGCUAACAGUGCCUGAAAUGAUAAACCGUCCGUGUGAGCUGAACUCUCUGUCUACGAUACCGGAUGCCUGGAGUGACGGUAUGGAACACAACUGCAGAAGUGUCAAGGAAUCUUUGCCGCUUUUCCAACCUGGUUGGACGGCAUUGCAUGCGGCGUGUGCUCGCGCUCAGUACCAAUGCGUGCAAUUGUUGCUGGCUGCCGGCGCCGAUCCAAUGAAAACUGAUGUUCUUAGUCGAACUCCGAUUGAUGUGGUCGGCUAUGACCAUUAUCUUUUGAAACAUAAAAUAGACCCAGAAGAUUUGAAGAAAACAGUAAGAAUUCUCAGAGAUGCUGGUGGCAAGUUUCAGCACUACACAGCUAGUAGAGUGAAUUCUCCUCUACAUACAGCGGUGGAUCUUAACAGUUAUGAAGCAGUCGAAGAAAUACUGGAUUCUGGUGCAAAUCCAACUGUGUGGAAUGCUAAUGGUCUUACUGCUAUGCACGAAUGUGUAAAGAAUCGGAAUAAAGAUAUUUUGCAGUUAAUAGCCAAUUAUGAGUUCGGUAACGAGGAUCCACUUAUAGCAGUAGUAGAUGCGAAAGACCGAUGGGGUUACACUGUACUUAGUGCAGCAAUAAAAGGAGGAUGGACUCAAGGAGUUUGCAUAGCUUUAGGGGCAGGAGCAAGCGUUACCAUGAAGGCUAACAACGGAGAAACACCUUUACAUUUAGCAGCAUCAUAUGGAAACUUAGAUAUUCUUCAAGAAGUGUUAAUAGUAUCAAAAUUUAAUUCGUCUCUUGAUUUUCUCAAUGACAAAGGUGAAACGGCACUUUUUGCAGCAAUAAGACAUGAUCAAAUAGACGUAGUCAAAAUGUUACUCAGUGCUGGAGCAAGAAUAGAAGAAGAGACUGCUAGGAAAGUCAACAUAUUUCAUGUCGCUGCUCAACACGGCAAUUACGAAAUACUAGAACAUUUACUUGAAUAUGAUAACCACGUCACUAGUAAAAUGAUUAAUGAACCUGACGUCACUUCUUACACACCGCUUGUCCAUGCUGUAUGGAAUAAUCAUCCCAAAUGUGUCGAACUACUUAUUUCAAAAGGCGCUGAAGUACAAGUUGAAGUGCAUAUCAGCGAGACGAAUAUAACGAGUCCAUUACAUAUAGCAGCAAGUAAAAACCACUUUGAAAUAAGCGAAAUAAUAAUAAAUAAUGAUAUCCGUACCAUUCAUAAUGUUAACACUUUAGGAUCAAUGCCAUUACAUGAAGCUUGCUGUCAUGGCAAUAGAAAUAUCGUAUCACUACUGCUUCAAAGAGGAGCAGACCUGUCAGGGCACACCGGCAAAAGUAAACUGCCGCCAAUAAACGCGCUAAUGAACAAUAUAUCGAAGCCAACGGAAUUCAUAAAAGAGAUAUUCGAUACUUGUAUUUCAAGCAACGGUCGGAACAUUCAAGAAUCGAAUUGCGAGGUGACUGUCGACUACAGAAUCCUUGUGCCUGAUGAGUCUGACUGGAAGCAAAUGAGAGUUAUUAAAGGCAUUCUCAACACAGGAAACAGACAUGAUCAAAACACGCUUCUUCUUCACCCUCUUGUACAAAGUUUUCUCUAUUUAAAAUGGAAAUCUUUACUACCGUACUUCUACACCAUACUGGUAAUGCACGCGUGCUUUGUCUUGGCCCUCAACGUAUAUGCUGUUUGCAUUUUCUUUUACAAAGAUAAAAAAAGGAUGGUACCUUGGUAUUUCAAUUCAAGUAUAUGGAGGUACAUAUUAUAUGUGGCCAUAUUCUUCAUCGCAGUUCAGGAGAUUAUAUUUAUAAAAUUCUACUUUCAUUCGGAUUUCUUCUAUUUGGUUUCGCCAUUUGCUUCAUGA